CGGCAGAUUGGUUAUAAGAAAUGACGCAAAUAGUGGAAGUCGGACUCACAAAACUGAACAAUGUGAGGACAGUAGCUCAGCUGUAACUAUUCCAUAAAUAUACUUACGAGCACUUUGGAACAAAUUGAAUUUAGAACAAAAGAGGUUUGAAAGCAGCAUCACAUAACGAGAAAUGCAAGGCUUGCACUCACCAAAGUUCAUCGUCUCCUGCGACCUGCCCGUGACCAACGGUGGAGCUUCAUUUUCCUUCCCACAAACAGAUUUUCAGAUCCUGCGCAAUCCAUGCACAACUCUCCCGACGAGGAAGGGGAUCCUAUUUCAGCUAAAGUAACUGCGAGUUACAGUAUGCAUGCAUUUUUCUCCUGAAUCGUCCUAAUCCAGACUCGUUCUCUCCCUUACGUAAAAAAGCGCGUCAAUGGCACCAAGAAGGCCUUGGGAUAGAUACUUAAGAUAGCAAUGGUAGUUAAAGACUUCAAAUACUUCUUGCUGUUUGCAGGCCGAGAUGAUCCUUGUCUCCACGUUUGCUCCAAGAUCGGUAAACCCACGCGCCUCAAGGCCGUCGGCUGUCGAGAGUGCUUGGAGAAACUCCGCCCCGCUCCCGUCAUCGUAAGUAUGGCACAUCAGAGAGACCACUGAAUUUAGAGUACAUGUUUGUAGAUUUCAAUGUUCAUAUGCAUGGCAUGUCUUUCGAUAGAUGAACAUUGGGGAUACCGAUCGCAGCGAGCUGCGGUGGGACUACGCGAGUACGUUCACGGCCUGGGCUUCUCCAAUCAAGGGAAAAUCGUGUUUUUCAGAAUUGCGCAGCUCAUUGACAAUUGUAAUCAAGGUCUUGACGCAACGCACGCACCCACAGAUUCUUGCGGCAUUCGUUGCUUCGUCUUACACAACUCCAACUGCACACUGACUGUCAUCAAUCAACCAAGAAUAUAA